AUGCCCUCGUCUCCUAUCUCUCCCCGUCAACGCCGCAGACACCCCCCGAGCAUCGACCUCUCAUCGACGUCUCCAAGCACAUUUGCCUCGAAUUCAAACGGCCUAUACUCCCCGCAGACUGCUAGAAGCUCUUUUCCACAGUCUCCUGUCACGCCGCGACAACGGCACCGCAUGUCAAUCGACAGGACGUCGCGGUACUCCGCCGACUUCACGAACGAUAUCAACGAGGGCAGUCCCAUACUUGACGGAGGCCUGGGCAGUCUUGCCGAUGAGCUUGCGGAUGCCUGGGACGAGGAUGUGGAGGAUAUAUCCGGUCUACGGGGGGAAGGGGACGAAGACGGGUUUGACGACGACCACCUUGGCUCUCCAGGGGAAAGCAUGCGGAACGAUCAUGACGGCGGCGUGAAUGGAGAAUUUAUCGAUUCAAUACACGAUCUAGGCAUUGGGAUGGGAUCUAACCCGUCAAGAAGACAGGAUGGCUCGGAGUCUGAACACGAAGGCGGACUGCGGCCGUCAAAACCACGACCAAAGUCGAUGAUGAUGAAUAAUGCUCAACGACACCGGAGAUAUGAAUCGUCACUGUACGAUGGUUCCGAGUACGGGCCUGACUCUGACAUUGAAGAGUGUGCUGAUAUAUCUCCUGCACUGGAGGCGCGGAUGGCUGCAAUCGAGCAGCUCGUUCGGUUUGGGAAUAUUGAAACCGAACAGAUGGGCAACGACGUUAUCGAUCGUGUAAUCCAUGGCUUGCGAGACCUAGGCGGACAGAGUGAGAUUGAAAGCGGUGCUUCCAGACUUAUUACCGCUCACGCCUCUCUAACCUCCCAUCUAACGCACCAAACCCGCUCUCUACAAACCCUCACCCACCCACUCCUCUUCUCCCACUUCCCAGUCCUCUCAUCCGACGCCAUAGACGACCUCAUCCCCUUAAUAGAAGACGUCCUACCCAACCUCCCCUUCCCCGUCCAAACCAACCCUUCCACGUCCGCCUCCGCAUCCAUGCAACACGACCUCUCCCCGUCCCAAUGCUCAACUACAAGCUCCAGCUCAAACAGCGCCGCUACCAACCCUCUCCUUUCUCUACAGGCCCUCCUGGCCCAAACCUCAGAUCUAACACAUACCCUACGGGCACUAAGCGACACACUGCAUGAGUCCCGUCAAUUGACUUCUGCCGCGUCUCGACGGCUAAAGUCAGUUCGUGAGCUGGUAUCCGAGAUCCGACGGGACGAAGAGGCGCGUAAAGAAGGGACGGCCUGGAUUGAGCAAGGAGAAUGGGAUAGGCGGCUUGGUGAGCGUGAGGCCGGCAGGGUGUGUGGUGAUGUGGUCAGUGGAUUCGAGGCUGUUUGUGGAGAGUGGAGGGAUAGGCUGUUUGGGACGGAGGUCGUUGUUGCAUAG